GUUGUCGCUACAGCAUCAUGGCGGCGGCGGUACAGGCUUGAAAAGAGAUACAGCUGUAAUUGUCGUAAUUUUUAACUUUUAACUGUCCAACUAAAAUUAAAAUCACACCAGCCUGCUGGAGAAUUUUUUUAGAGGAGCUGGAGAUUGAUGAGAAGUUCCGAGCUUUCGGUCUGCUGCUCGCUUUGUUGCUCGGUUUGCUAGAGAGUUUUGAGAUGUGCUCCCAGACCAAAGCGGCGGCUCUCAUGGCCAACAUUCCGCGGGUAGACAUCGACCCCUCUGGGGUUUUUAAAUAUGUGCUGAUCCGGGUUCAUAGCCGAGAGGAGGGAGACGACGCGGAGAUAGAUAUAGUCCGAGGAUACGCCUGGGCUGAGUAUCACGCUGAUAUCUACGACAAGGUUUCAGAGGAGCUGGAAAAAGGUGGAAUACUGGACUGCGAGUGUGUCGGAGGAGGCAGGAUAAAACAUGAUCCAGGUGCCAAGAAGAUCCAUGUGUACGGUUACUCAAUUGGAUUUGGAAGAGCAAACCAUGCGGUGACCACAGAGAAACUGAAGGAUCAAUACCCAGACUAUGAGGUGACCUGGGAUAAUGAAGGCUACUAAGCUAAGCAGCAGAUGGACUGAAGCGUGCUCAAUGUUCUGCACCCUCAUAGCCGCCAGUCUGCCAUUUGGCGUGAAGGAAAACCUUCUAAAUCUACUGCAAAACCAAGAGUGACUCUGAGAAUGAGAUGUUAGGAAAUAAAAGGUUUUAUUUCCUUCAUUACAUCUUUGCUGCAUCAAGAACUCAUACUUGUGCACAAGUAUCAAUUUGUGUCUGACUAUGUCCAUCGCAGUGUUUAAAAAAAUAUUUUUCAGUCUCCUUCAGCUGAGCUUAUAAUAAAAAAAGUUUUUCUUAAGCAGUUUGAUAUAGUAUGGAAUUAAUCCAGGUUAUAGGAAAAAAGAAAUCGUAACAGUUUGGCAGAGUACUG